AUGUCUGCCUACCCCGCAUUCGCUAUGGGAGGUCUCUGCAUGAUGGGCGGUGUCGCCGGCUUUGCGCGGACACCUGACAUGCGUCUCAGUGUCGGAGCCUUAUACAUGUGGGCUGGAGACCGCAUUCGACGAGGGCAGCCGAACGGGCUCGAGGGUGCGAUUGGUGCAUCUGCGGUCCUCUUCCUGUCAUCCGCCCCACGACUGCGCCGCGGUGGUGUUCCGAUUGCGCUGACCUCGACGUCGGCCAUGGCGGGUUUGUACUACGCGAAGACCGUGUACGGACUCAGCCAGCAGCAGCUGCAGAUACAGUCUGCCAAACUCUGA